CCCAAAAUCCUCUCGCAUCCGUCCCCGCUAGUACACGUGACAUCCGGCAAAUCUUUCGUCCUAUCGUGUUUCACUUCGGGACAGCCGGAACCAAGCGUCGUGUGGCUCAAAGAUGACGUCAUUAUUGAUUUUUCAAAAGCUGGCGAUAGGGUGUCCACGUUCGAGAGUGGGUACCUCGUGGUGGCCGAUGGUCGGGAAAGGGACGGUGGGAGGUACAGGUGCAUGGCGAAAAAUAGGGCCGGCCUUGUUUAUUCAAAAAGUUCCCAAGUUAUUGUUAGAGGU